GCAGUGAAAUACACGUGAGUCACUAUUUGUGCUACUGUACUUUUUGUUUUUUUCAUAAUCAUUUUUUAUUUUCUUCCGUUCUAAUCCAAUAACUCAGGUCGCGGUGAGGCGGCGCUGAUCUUUGCAAUUCGGGCAGGGAAUCCGCUUUCAUUUUGUAUUGGUGAUUAAAAUUAUUAUUUUACAGUACAGUAGUUAUUUGUAAAAAAAUAAAUAAAUGUUUAUACAGUACUUUUUAUUUGUUAAACAAAUGUUUGGGCCUGUAAAAAGGUUUUGUUCUUUGGUUUCAAUGUAUUAUGGAGUAUUUUAUUGUAUAAUAAUUGUAAAAAAAUAAAGGUUCCUACUUCGCGGAUUUCACCUAUCGCGGUUCUUUUUGGAACGUAACCCCCACGAAAAACGAGGGUUCACUGUAGUUUGGAUCAUUUACAGUGCAGUUUGAAAGUGAAUCACACCUGCUGAAAAUGUAGCAAAUAGGGGCGUGGCAAUCAAUCAAAUCAGUCAAAAAGUGUAUGAUUGGUGAUCGCCGAUCACUGUCUUUUGUUCCCAUCACAAAAACCGAUCACCUGUAUCUCACUUCGCUGUCUGCAUGUGCAACUGAUCUCCUCUGUCCUUCACACUGAGGAAGCGCACGGCGAUAAAUCCUAAGCAAUGCAGUUUUUCAGUUGCCCUUUUGACGGAGUAGCUGCUGUAAAGUAACUGCAAGUAUUUUGCAUGUUUAUGUCUAAAUCGGGUGAAUUUAUUGCCAGACAAUGUUUUAAUUUCGUCAGACAACAUAGUAGCAUUUAUACCUAAAGUGAAAAUUUAACAGCCAAUUCAGGUAAUCGGCAGUGAUUGGCCAUCAUGAGUGAUCAGUAUCGGAAUCAGCAAUAAAAAACCUGAAUCCAUAGCAUCCGUUGUAGCAAAUGUUGCAAUUUUGGUCCUCAAGCAAACCGAGUCUACCAGACUAUCAGGUGUGAAAACACUCCCAUUCUUGUGCAGUAGUUAAUAUAUUAAAUAUCUUUUGUUCAGUGUUCUCAGAACAUUGAGAUGUGCUGUACAACCAGUAUGACAGGAUGAAUGUUUUUGUCUUUAGCAACAGUUAAUGCCCAAGGCUUGAGCUUGCAUUGCAGCUGUGCUAAGUUCAGUUUACUCAAUGACACUAACAAGUUCAUUUUGGGAUUGUGAAACAAAAUCUUAAAGUUAACUUGAUACAGCCAAACUGCACAUUGGUUUGAUGCCUGAAAUACUGAAGUUUUAGUUUAUGACUGCUUAAAAUGAACAUGAAGGAGAAAACAAAUCUAGAGAAAUACUGGAAGUUGGAGGUGGGGCAACACCAGGGAGGAGGUUGAAAUAGACUCACUAAAGUGAAACCGUGUCAGCAAAGCCGCAGACCAGACAACUCGUCUCAGCAACUGAAUCAUACAGUGGUGAGUACAACCCCUGAUAGUUACUGAAUUUCAACAAGUUGUGCUAGCACAGCAUUCAACAGCAAGUUUCAUGAAGCUCUGAUGAAGCUAUUUCCAGUGUUAAAUAGGAAAAGAGUGUGACUGGACAGGUCUCUAGUCCAUCACCAGACAACAGAGAUGCAGGACAGACAACCAUGUACGCACCAAUACCUGAGGACAGUUUAGGGAGACCAGUUAAACCAGUCACGUUUUAGACCUGUGAGAGAAAGCUGGAGUACCCAGAGGAACUCGGACAUGGAGGGAGAACAUGGAAACUCCAGGUGGAAAGGUUGGAAUUUGAACCCACAACCUUCUUGUUGCCAGACAACAACAGUGGUACUACUGAAAAAUAAUAAUUCAGAUUGAAUUUUUAAUCAUUUUUAUGCAUGUGCUAUAUAUAAAUGUAUGAAUAUUUAUUAUAUAUGGAGCUGUAGGUCUACAGCUGUACUGCUUAAAGUUGGAAAUUUGAUUUUGUUGGCGAGGAAUCGUGUCUGAAAUGUGUAUUCAAUUCACAUACAUUCAACUAUUUGAGUUUUACAUCAUGUUAUAAUGAUAUUCCCUCAUCAAAAACAUACUUGGAGUGUUGUCUUGAUCCAUUCAUUCAUGUUUGAGAAAUCCGUUAAUCAUUAUGAUUAAAGGAUUUGGUUGCCAUACCACAUCUGUAUGGUAUAAAUACCAUACAGAUGUGCAAGACGCCUGGGUGGACAUAGCACCACCUUUGUGGCGCAGCUCCUCUUCUGAUUGUAGUGUCCAGGCUUUGGUACAGUAUUUUGUAUUCCAGCGAAUGCAGCAUUUCCACUGGAUCUUAAAGACAUCUGUGUUUGGCUGGUGGUUUGAUUCAUUCGCAACUAGAGAGGAGAGAACAGAGACUUAGUCGUGUGGAAGCACGAAUAAGUCUAUUCUUCAAACCUUCCACACCUUCAGCAUAUUUCAAUUAUAUUAUCUCUGACUGUAAGCAAAGCUCUGAAAAAUUUUAAUUAAAAUGAAAAUACAGAGCUAAUUUCAUUCAACAGUAAAAAGUUGUUUACUGUAAAAACGGUUAGCCAGAUAAUGUCUCACUUUGUUUUCUGACUUUAUCAGGAGCUGCUAUGGCGAAAGAAGACAUCUUGAACACUUUGGAAGAAUUAGGUCAGGAAGAGUUUGAGAAAUUCAAGUGGUUCCUGCAGCAACCUGAGACUCUUCCUGAACUCCCAGCAAUCAAGAAAAAAUGCCUGGAAGGAGCAAAAACCCUUGACAUUGUGGACUUGAUGAUGCAGAUAUACACACUUGAUCGAUGCAGGGAGAUGAUCUGCAAGAUUUUGGAAAAAAUAAACAGGAAUGACCUGCGGACAAGAUUGCCUUGCUAUAAGAAUUCAGAAAACAGGAUGUGUCUGCAGCACGAUAAACCUCUGGAGCUGUUCUGUAGGACCGACCAGACAUGCGUCUGCUUGGUCUGUCCUGUUUUACACCACAAGAACCACGAGCUGGUUCCUCUGAGAGAAGAAUCUGAAGGAAAGAAGGCAGAGCUGAGGAAGACGGAGGCUGAAGUUCAGGAGAUGAUCCAGGAGAGACGACUGAAGAUCCAGGAGAUCAGAGAGUCGGUGAAGAUCAGUAAAGAUGCUGCAGACAGAGAGAAAGCAGAAGGUGUUCAGGUCUUCACGGCUCUGAUAGAGUCUGCUGAGAGAGGCCUGAAGGAGCUCCUCAAGGAGAUCCAAGACAAACAGGAAACUACAGAGAAACAGGCUGAAGACUUCAUCAGAGAUCUGGAACAGGAGAUCUCUGAGCUGAAGAAGAGGAGCUCUGAGGUCAAGCAGCUCUCACAGGAUGAAGAUCACCUCCACCUCCUCCAAAGAUUCUCCUCCCUGAAAGAUGCUCCACCCACCAAGACCUGGACAGAGGUCAGAGUUCAUCCACCAUUAUAUGAGGGGACUGUGGUGAGAGCUCUGGCUCUGGUUGAGGAGAAAAUCAGGGAGAAGAUGAAAAUGAUGAUGGAGGUUGAGAUGAAGUUUGUCCAGCAGUUUGCAGUGGAUGUGACUCUGGAUCCUGAUACGGCUCAUCCUAACCUCAUCCUGUCUGAUGAUGGAAAACAAGUGAAACAUGGAGAUGUGAAGAAGAAACUUCCAGACAAUCCAGAGAGAUUUUCUACGUACGUGAAUGUUUUAGGACAGCAGAGUUUCUCUUCAGGCAGAUUUUACUUUGAGGUUCAAGUUAAAGGAAAAACUAAAUGGACUUUAGGAGUGGCCAGAGAAUCCAUCAACAGGAAGGGAAUAAUCAACCUGAAUCCUCAGAACGGUUUCUGGACUGUUGGGUUGAGAAAUGUAAAUGAGUAUGAAGUUUGUGCUGACUCUCCAGUCCGUCUCCAUCUCCAUCCUGGUCCUCAGAAGGUGGGGGUGUUUGUGGAUUAUGAGGAGGGUCUGGUCUCCUUUUAUGAUGUAGAUGCUGCAGCUCUGAUCUACUCCUUUACUGGCUGCUGCUUCAAGGAGAAACUCUACCCAUACUUUGGUCCUGGCCUUAAUGAUGGUGGUAAAAACUCUGCUCCUCUGAUCAUCUGUCCUGUUGAUCAGUCUGAUCGUUGAUCUGAUGAAAUGAUGAAGAAUCAUGUGGUUGAAGUCCUGCUGGUGGAGAAGUGAGCUUGGAAACGUCUCAGCAGGAAGUCAACAGUUCAGUUCACAGCUGGAUUAUUUGCUGCAGCUACUUCUUCUUCUGUGUUCUGCACGUUUUCAUCUUUUGAUCACAUAGAUAGAGCACAGCCCACAUAAGGAGGCCUUAGUCCUCAAUGUGGCCGUCACAUGGUCGAGUCCCAACCUGAUGACCUUUUGCCGCAUGUGUUCCUGUCUUUCAUUAUCCUCUUUCCUGUGUGGUCAGACUCUGGAGCCAACAAAAAACCUUAAAACCUUCUUUUUGCAUUUACAGAAAUAAAAAUGUAUAACUGUAA